AUGUUCACUCCCCCCGCUCGAUCCUUUACCUUCCCCUCCCCUCCCUCAGUCGAGAUGUUUACUCAUCCUCAAACCCCCACCAAAACGCCCGCCCCCAACACGCAGCCACUCAAGAUCCAAAAAUUCAUCGGACGGAAAACCGGAACCCACCUCGUCGGGCUCAAGGGCGGCGUUUCUAUGCGCGAAGUAAUCGACGACCUCUUCAAGGCGGUGAAAGAGGAUGACGCGAAAAUUGGCGCGAAGUGGGAAAGCAUCAACGCCUUCUCUGGUACUUUUGGCCCGGAAUCCCUGAAAUUCCUCUGCGGCUGCUCCCGUGUCAGUUACAUUGAAGAAUCUGGCUACGUCAGCACCCCGGCAAGUCCACGACUUCAAUGUUCCUUUCAGUUCCAAACAUUGGCGCAUCCUCAGGAACGAGAUUAA